GACUUGUCCAUUUUCUGAACUUAUCGUUGAAAUCUACAAAGUGGGGCCAGAGGGGCCGAUCUCUGGGCGGGACGGGGAGUGUGGGCCUUACCUCAGGGCAGCAACCUGGGCGCAGGGCGGGAGUCAGGGGCCAUCAGAACAAAUCAGCUACAGAAAGCCUUCGAUCAGGACAACUGGGAUGGGGCUGGGCCAUCAUCUUCCCAGCCAGCAAUUCUGAGGCCAUUUUACCAGCAGGGAAAACACGUCAUGAGAAAUUCCAUGUGCAUUUAGGAAUUUUACUCACCACUUUUACAGAGGCUAAAUUCCUGACAUUAUUCAGCUUUUCAAUGUACAUGUAUUAUAGGAAACAGAUUUAUUCUAUCCCCAGGAACUUUAUCUGACAUCACCUUGAAGUCAAACAGGUUGUCAUUAAGCCAUUUUGGUGACUUUAGUCGCUGGGUAACAGAGACCCGUUUUCCUGUGACGGGGAGAGGAAGGGCCUGCUGAGCCCGGUGGACCGUAUUCUGGUUUGGGGCCAAUUCAGAGUCGUCCAGGGCUUCAUGGCUUCUGAGAAUCGGCCCCGACGCAGAGCCUAGUGAGCGAAGACUCAGCUGGUGGAGACCCUCACCAAGCUGCCCGGACGCAGGCCCUGCUGACUGCGCGUGUCUGGCAGGUUCCAGCAUGAGGAAGCUCGUCCUGUGCGUGGUGCUGCUGGCCGCCUGCACCUGCGGGCUCUUCCCCUUCAUCUCGAGAGAAAAAGAUCUCCUCUGGGGACAGACGGAGGAGCCGCGUGCGGCCAGCGCCCCGGAGCAGGGCCUGCUCCUGACGGACAAGGGCCCCCACGGAGCGGGGAGAAGGUACAGCCCGGGGAGGGCGCGGGGGGACACACCGCCUGCCCCCAGCACUGGCUGCGUCCUUGGGGGUCUCUGCCUACUCACCUAUUUUAAUUUCCAAGGUUACCUCCAAAAUUGGCCCCAUGUCUCCACAAUACACGUCAGGGGAACUCACGUGGGCCACUUUCCAGGAUCACGUGCAGGAAACCUCCACCGAAGGGAAGUAAUUUCUUCAUCACAUUCCAAACUCCCUGAGCCCACGAGCGGAGCGAUCUCCCGGGCGGAGAUCAUGGAAGCAUCCGUGCAGACAAUGACAAGAGCUUCCCCAAGACGCAAGGGAUCCCAGCUGCUGACUGAUGUUUUAUCAGAAGACCUACUGAACUCAGUGGCAAGUAUGUCCGGAUGCCUGCCGCACAGGCUGCCCCCAAAAUGCCCAGACACUUGCCUGGCGAACAAACACAGGCUGAUCACGGGGGCUUGCAACAACAGGGUCCAUCCCCGGUGGGGAGCCUCCAACACAGCCCUGGCCAGAUGGCUGCCCCCUGCCUACGAAGACGGCAUCAGUGAACCCCGAGGCUGGAACUCCCACUUCCUGUACAACGGGUUCCCGCUGCCCCCGGUCUGGGAGGUGACAAGGCGAGUCAUUCAAGCUCCCAACGAAGCGGUCACGGACGAUGGCCAAUAUUCUGACCUCCUGAUGGUGUGGGGGCAAUAUAUCGGUCAUGACAUCGCGUUCACACCCCAGAGUACCAGCAGAGCCGCGCUGGGUGGAGCAGCUGACUGUCAGCUGACGUGUGAGAAGCAAAGCCCUUGUUUUCCAAUACAGCUCCCCGCCAACGCUUCGCGGACGCCGGCCUGUUUGCCCUUUUUCCGCUCGUCUGCCGCCUGCGGCACGGGCGCCCAAGGCGCCUUCUUUGGCAACCUGUCCAGGGCAAACCCGCGGCAGCAGGUGAACGGAUUUACCUCCUUCCUGGACGCGUCCACGGUGUACGGCAGCUCCCCGGCCGCGGAGCGGCAGCUGCGGAACUGGACCAGCGCCGAAGGGCUGCUCCGCGUCAACGCGCGCCACCGCGACGCCGGCCGCGCGCACCUGCCCUUCGCGCCCCCGCCCGCGGCCUGCGCGCCCGAGCCCGGCGCCCGCGCGCCCCGCGCGCCCUGCUUCCUGGCCGGGGACGGCCGCGCCAGCGAGGUCCCCGCCCUGACGGCGCUGCACACGCUGUGGCUGCGCGAGCACAACCGCCUGGCCGCCGCGCUCAAGGCCCGCAACGCGCACUGGAGCGCCGACACCGCCUACCAGGAGGCGCGCAAGGUGGUGGGCGCCCUGCACCAGAUCAUCACCAUGCGGGACUACGUGCCCAAAAUCCUGGGCCCCGAGGCCUUCCAGCAGCACGUGGGCCCCUACACAGGCUAUGACCCCUCUGUGGACCCCACCGCGUCCAACGUGUUCUCCACGGCCGCGUUCCGCUUCGGCCACGCCACGGUGCACCCGCAGGUGCGGAGGCUGGACGCCCGCUUCCAGGAGCACCCCACGCUCCCCCCACUGCGGCUAAAGGAUGCCUUCUUCAGCCCCUGGAGGCUGCUCAAGGAAGGGGGUGUGGACCCCCUCAUAAGGGGCCUUCUGGCGAGACCUGCCAAGCUGCAGGUGCAGGACCAGCUGAUGAACGAGGAGCUGACGGAGAGUCUGUUCGUGCUGUCCGGCGACGAGGCCCUGGACCUGGCAUCGCUCAACCUGCAGAGGGGCCGGGACCAUGGCCUGCCAGGUUACAAUGAAUGGAGAGAGUUCUGUGGCUUACCCAGGCUGCAGACGCAGGCCGACUUGCACACCGCCAUCACCAGUGGGAGCCUCGUGGACAGAAUAAUGGCCUUGUACCAGCACCCUGAUAACAUUGAUGUCUGGCUGGGCGGCUUGGCUGAAGACUUCCUCCCACAGGCACGCACGGGGCCACUAUUUGCAUGCAUCAUUGGAAAACAGAUGAAGGCCCUGAGGGACGGUGACCGGUUUUGGUGGGAAAACAGCCUGGUGUUCAGUGAAGCUCAAAGGCACCAGCUGGAGAAGCAGUCCCUGUCUCGGGUCAUCUGCGACAACACAGGGCUCAGCAGCGUGCCCGCCGACGCCUUUCGGGUUGGGACGUUUCCCCAGGACUUUGAGCCGUGUGCAGACAUUCCAAGCCUGGACCUGGAGGCGUGGCGGGAAGCCACUCCUCACGGGGACAUGUGUGGCGUCCCAGACAAAGUGGACAAUGGCGACUUCGUGCUCUGCGAGGAAUCUGGGAGGCAUGUGCUAGUGUACACCUGUCGUCACGGAUUUGAGCUUCUGGGGCAGGAGCAGGCCACGUGCACCCACCAAGGAUGGGAUUCCCGGCCCCCCAUCUGCGAAGACAUCAAUGAGUGUGAGGACCCGGGGGCACCUCCCUGCCAUGCUUCGGCCCAUUGCGAGAACACCAAGGGAGGCUUCCUGUGCAAGUGCUCGGACCCCUAUGUGCUGGGCGAGGAUGGCAGGACCUGUCUAGACUCCGGGAGGCUCCCAAAGGCGUCCCUGGUCUCCAUCGUGCUGGGUGCCCUGCUGGUGGGCGGCCUGGCGGGCCUCGCCUGGACAGUGAUUGGCAGAUGGACACGUGCCAGCUCCACGUCUUCACUGCCCAUCAUGGAGAGUCGUGGACAAGUGGCUUCCCAGCUGGGCUGCAGGAAAUGCCAGGACACGAGUGUUCCCCAGCUCAGCGCCCAGGCUCCCAGCACAGAGCAGGACCCGGCCUGUGGAUCCCACACCCUCCUCUGCAAGUAGAACCAGCUGUCACUCUGCUUGGAAACCGGGUGUCAGCAAGUGUUGAUCCCAGCUGAUGACUAGGCAUGACAGUCCAUCCGGGCUCAGGACCUUCCUUCCGGCACAGUGGGGAGAAGCGCCCGCCCAAGCCUUUCCCGUGGGCAUCAGGCGCACACGCUUCUGCAGAGUCCGGUUGGGCGGCACUCACAUUGCCUCGGGCUGUCACGGGGCUGUGGGCAGACGUGGCUGCCGGCACAUGCACGUGUCAAAUGCCUGAACAGGACAAACUGAAUGGGUAUCAAACACUCAAGAUAGUUUUGUGUUUCACCACCGACACAGUUUUCCAAAUAAAGGUGAAUCAGCGUCACAUUCCAUUUUUGGCCACACUCAGGUGAAAGAACCCUACACCCAAGGCUGUCUAGCACCUCUGUUUAC